AAAUGAAUUGAGGCAUAUGCGCUUUGCUAUUCAUAAUCAAUCAGUCUUGUAUUGGACGUCAAACUCAAAGGCAUGGCCGGUGAUCGUCCAGAACUGGAGCCUACAAUCUUGGACCAAAUGCCUACUUGUCUUGCAACAGCAGUAGCGUCUCCGUUUCCGGCAACUUUCUCGCAACAAACUAUCGAUUCAGUUUUAAGUUCCAGAAAUGGAUUCGGACAGCCGAGUGUUCACGCUGGAGGAAAAAGAGCAAGCGGUGGCACGAUGGCCGCGAAAAUAGUGCUGCUAGGAGAUGCGGCUGUUGGCAAAACGUGUCUGUUCUACAGGAUAUUCAGAAAUGAGUUCACAGAUUUGUACAAAACAACAAUCGGAGUCGACUUUUGUCUGUUAGAUUACGUUAUUUUAUCAGUGCCAUUCAGAUUGCAACUGUGGGAUACUGCGGGGUCAGAAAGGUUCAAAGCUCUCACUUACGGGUACUAUAGAGGCGCUCAAGUAGUCAUUCUAACAUUUGACGUCACUGCUUCCGACGCCGUUCAAUCAUUACGUAACUGGCACUCGGAAAUUUCCACUAUGCUGGCAUUACAUAACACACGAACUCAGCCAAUGUUCUUCGUAGUAGGAACUAAAAUUGAUUUGAUAAAGGGAGUUGAGGAUGAAAUUUCAGCUACAGCGAGUUUGAAACUUCAAGAAGUUGAGCAAAAAGUGAAUGAUUUCUGUCUCGAAAUUGGAGCUGAAUUGUGGUUAACUUCGUCUAAGUGCAAUAUAAAUGUCGACGCUUUUUUUAACAGAGUUGCAGCGUUGCUGUUUGAUGACAUAGUUUGUAGGAGUUUAGAUGAAAAAUCAGGAAAUUGCAUUAAGCUAGAGGAAAAAGAAGACAGUUCAUCGAGACCUGGAAGUGGAAAAAUACGACUUAAGCCCGAUGCUAAUUUGAAGGGAACACUGACAAGACAAGAGUCAAUGACUGCUAAAUCUUGCUGUAGAUAGCGUAAUUUGAAAGUCGAACAGAAGCUUUGCGUAGUAUUUUUAAUUGCUUGUACGUUAUGUGAAAAGUUGUGCAAUAUUUAUAUCUGUAAAUUGUAAAUAAUUUCAAAAUCUAUCUGCUUUCGCCAACAAAGUUCUGCCAAAUCAAAUCUGGCUUCUAUUCUUAUGUAAGUUUUUGAUAUGGUAAAUUACAAUAAAGUUAUUUGCUUCUGUAUAGUUAAGAUGUUUAAGCACCAAAAGUUUCCCUAAAUUGCUCGUGUCAAAUUCAGUUUAGCCAAUUUACUCAUUUUUAUCUUCGCUUUUAAAUUUUAUUUUGUCUUCAUUACCCUUACGAUUUGCAGAAAUUAUGCAACAGUUUUGUAGACCCUUUUCCCGUCAAAAACUUUGGGCACAGAAUGGCGGUCACUGGAAAAGGUAAUUUUACUAAGGCGAACUUAUGGUGCUAUAUAGGCGAUACAUGUUUCUUAUUUUGAUCUGCACGCUAAAAACUUUUUAAUGAAAUUUUUUUCUUAGCCGUAGAUUUUCGU